AUGGCUGCCAUCGAGAGUCAUUUCUACAAGCCCGAGGAGGCCGUCUUUCACAACGAUGGUCGAGAGGAAAGACUUCUAGAGUUUAUCCAGGUUCACCCUACCUAUUGUGAGAUGCGGGGAAACCCUGAGAAGAUCCUGGCCGCUAUUGACGAGUACGGUCAUACAAGAGAUUUUCUUAUGAAUGUCGGUAGGGAGAAGGGCAGGAUUGUGGCCGAGGACCUCAUUCCCAAAUACAAGCCUGAUCUUAUGGUAGAGCUAGGAGGUUACGUGGGAUAUUCCACCUUACUCUUUGGAGCUGCAUUAAAAGAAGCUGGCGGUCGCAAGUAUCUGAGCUUCGAAGCGAGCCCGCGAUUUGCGGCUAUAUCCGCUGCUCUCAUUCAGCUCGCCGAGUUGGACGACAUUGUGGAAAUCCAUGUGGGCCCUUGUCGAGACUCUCUCCAAAUGCUGCGGCAGAACUACGCAACAGGUGUGGUUGAUAUGUUUUUCAUCGACCAUGCCAAAGUGGAGUACGUCAAUGAUUUGAAGCUUUGCGAAGAACUUGGACUAGUAGGGCCAGGAACCACAGUCAUCGCCGAUAAUGUCAUUUCCCCUGGUGCUCCAGACUACCUGGAGUAUGUCCGAUCAUCAACGGCGGAGAAGAUUGUGAAAAAACAGCUUGCCAGCCUGUCCGCGGCUGAUACCAAGGACGUUUCGCUCGGGAAUCCAUUCCUGGUGUAUGAGAGUACCCUCAUUAACAGUUUUGAGCCGACGGGAGAGCCUGACAGUUUAGACGUGUCUUGCUGCUUGCGCAUCGAAGACCACUAA